AUGGAAAAGUUUGACGAGAUCAAAGCUGAACUACUACACGACAACAGAGCAUUCGUGCCAAAUGCAGAUAUCAAAUAUAUUGGGUGGCUAUCCAGAGCCGCGCUUACUAAAAAGGCCUCAACCAUAAUUGUAGAGUUCACCAACCCAGAAGACGCCAACAAAAUAAUUGACGAAGGUCUUAUCUGGCAGGGAGAGGCAUUUCAAUGCGAGAGAUACGACAGACAAUGCCGACUGAAGCAAUGCUAUAAGUGUCAAAGAUACGGCCACAUAGGAACCCAGUGCAAAGCUAAUACAGCAUGUGGCUACUGUGCGAAAGCACACAACUCGAAAGAUUGCCCUGAUAAAUCGGAUAAGUCCACUACAAGGAACUGUGUGGUGUGCAGAGGAGCACACGAAGCAUGGAAUAAUCGAUGUCCGGCUCGCAAGGAAGAAUUAAGCAAAGUGAAAGCAGCAUAUGAUGCUAGACAACCAUAUCACUUCGUCCCAUCAUCAAAAGAUAAAUCACCACUUAAUCAGACUAACCCCUACUUAACACCAACAGAAUUGGCAAUGAUAGCCAACGGAAGCCAGAGGGGGAGACCAGGCAAUAUAUCAACAGGAUUAACCCCUUCUACACCAUCACUCAUACCAGGGAGACAAAAUGCUCGAAGCAAAUCUCCCACCAAGGGUAGAGCAACUAAAAGAAGCUAUAUAGGAAAUACAGCAGAAAGCACACAGGAUGAAAAUGAAGACAUCAUCCUAGAAGAUUUCAAUUUACAUCACGAAUAUUUGGGUGGCCUGAAAAUACAUUUAAGAAUAGUACAACGACCGCAAAGAAAUAUAUAUGACUGGCCCAAUGUGGAUAUGCAAAAGCUACGCGCAAACCUUAUAUAUAAUUUACCUGUGCUCCGUUCUCCUAGAACAGAAACAGCACUAGACAGAUAUGUAGACGAGGUGGUAAAAGCUCUGCAGCUUGCCAUCGACCAAGCUAUACCAUUAAAGAGAUGGUCUCCAAGAGCAAGAGCAGGCUGGACUUUAGAGUGUAAGGAGCUACAGGCUGAAGCACCCCGAAACGAAAAAGGAAGAGUCAUCCGACAGGCGCUACUUCAGGGCCAUCGGGAACAAGUCGGAAAAGCUACAGAGAAUCCGGAAAGUAUGUGGAAACUAGCAAAGUGGGCAAGAAAUAGAGGAGAGGUAGCAGCAAUAACUACCCCGGUACUUAAAGAUCCAAACUCAGAUAUCGAAUAUACAAAGGCACAAGACAAAGCGAAGCUCUUCCAAAAAGCUUUCUUUCCCGCCCCUCCAGAACCGGAUCUCCAAGAUAUACGCGAAGCCAAUUACUCAACCAACAUUCCUUUCCCAGAUAUUAAAGACAAAGAAAUAUACCUAGCUAUCAAAUCAACACCUCCAUUUAAAGCAGCAGGCCCAGAUGGUAUCAUAAACCAAGUCCUUCAUAUCACCGCUAGCCAAAUGGCCCCCCAUCUAACAAGAAUAUUCAACACCAGCUUAAAACUAGGAUACUGCCCGGCGCACUUUCGACAAUCUACUACAAUCGUUAUUAAAAAGCCCGAAACAUACGAAACGAAAACAGGCAUCCCCCAAGGAUCACCAUUGUCGCCUAUCCUAUACCUAUUCUAUAAUGCCGACCUAUUAGAAAUAUGCAACCAAGAACCAAACACAUUAGCUACUGGUAUUUGA